CAGGCUGGCUCAGUCGCGGCGCGGCUCCGCUGGCAUCCUCGCGUCACCGGAGCGACCAGGCCGAUAUAAGCACGACCCGCCCCAACCCCGCGCCAGUCAGCCAUGCACCUACCGCGGACCCGCUCCCGAAUACCCCGCGUGCACCGACCCGCGAGUGUGACCCCCUAAAGUUAUGAAAUAAAUCCUGUGACAGUGCAGACACUAACCAUGAAGUCCAGGAACGAUGAGCUCACCCCCCAGCCGGAGCUGCAGGAGCUCCUGCAGAAACCCAACAGCCUCCCCCUUUUGCCGGACAGGGGGAAACGAGCAAAAAUAAUACCGAGCCAAGUGUCGAGGGAGAAAACCAAAGCGCAAGCGACAGCGGAGGACGAGCAAGCCGACGUCGUGUCGCGCGUCAUCGGCAACUACGGCCGCUGGCAGCUGCUCAUCACGUUCCUGCUGUCGCUGUUCUCAUUCCCCUGCACUUUCCACAUUUACCUGCCUACCUUUACGGCAAAGGCAACCAAGUUCUGGUGUCGGAUGCCAGAAAACCUUUCAAGUUUGCCGCUACAAGCUUGGAUUAACUACAGCCAGCCCGUGGACGCCUGUAGCGUGCGUGUGAUUCCUUCGGAUGUCACUGUAGAGAGUAUACUGAACCACACUGCUUCUCUUAGUAACUCCUUCAUGAAGUGCUCGGAGUGGGACUUCGACCGGUCCGAAGUGGGAGACACGAUCAUUUCGGAGUGGAGCUUGGUCUGCGAUAGAGCCAGCCUGACGAAUUUGGCUGAAGUGCUCUUUUUGGUCGGCGUUGGCGCUGGUGGCGUUGUGGGUGGAUGGAUUUCUGAUAAAUUCGGCCGUAAGCGCAUCUUGAUGGGUAUGCUAGUGACUCAGAGUGCAUUAGCUAUCCUUUCACUGCUAGUUCGCUCCUACGUGCAAUACGUCGCAGUCCGCCUGAUCAUGGGCUUGGUCUCCGUGUCAGUGGUCUACGCAGCAUUCGUGCUUUCAGUGGAGUUAGUGGGGGGGAAGUGGGUGACCAUAGCGGGAGUCUGCAACUUCUUCCCCCUACCGCUGGCGUACAUCAUCGUGUCAUUGCUGUCGAUAGUGAUGCCAAACUGGAGGGACUUACAAUUGACGUUGUCGCUGCCAGGAUGUCUGCUCCUGCUUUUGUGGUUCGUACUCCCAGAGUCACCUCGAUGGUUAUUGAGUAUGGGAAGAACUCAAGAAGCUAAAGUGAUUCUUGAAAAGGCAGCGAAGUUCAACGGACGCGAAGUACCCGCCGACUUGGACAAACUGCUCAUGCUUGACAGAGCCGCGAAUCAUGACGAAGAGCCGAGCGUAAUGCUUCUCUUCAGAGGACACCUAUUAAAGAGGACCAUUUGUCUAUUCGUGGCUUGGUUUGCAAUGACCAUUGCGUACUACGGCCUAUUGUUGAAUAUCGGAAACUUCAAUUUGGGGAACUUGCAUGUCACGUCGAUAAUUUUGGCCGUAGUAGAGAUACCAGCGAUAGCUAUUAGUAUUCCGAUUUUAUUGAAGGCUGGAAGACGGAUUCCUAUUUUUAUAAGUAUGCUGGUAUGCGGUUUAGCGUGUGUGGCCAGCGAGUUGUUCUCGAUAUCCCUGAAAGACGAGUGGAUAAUGAUCGUGUGCCUGAUGGUGGGCAAGUUCGCCAUCGGGUCGACCAAUAUGAUGAUGCCCAUCUUCACCGCCGAGCUUUACCCGACUGUGAUCAGAAACUUGGGCGUCGGCGCAAGUCAGAUAUCAGCAGGACUGGCGUUGAUUGGAAUUCCGUACUUAUGGAAACUGACUAUGCUGAAUGAACACUUACCAAUGCUAACCAUAGCGGCGCUGGGCGCGUUAGGAGGCGCUGUUGUUCUGCUGCUGCCCGACACCACCAAGCUCAAAGAACCUCAGACACCAGUGGCCAAAAAAAUGCCUACGUUCGAUACUAACUCGCCUUGCAACGGUACGUUUACAGUCGCCGACGACAGAGGGCAGUAGCAGCUUACAAUUGAUAGACCAUAGUGUGAACACUUAUCAGUGUGGUGUGGUAAAAUAAACUUGAAAUCAGUGUACAGUAAUAGUGAGAAAAUUUUCGAAUUUAAUUUAGCAAGUAGUUAGAUUUAAGCAAAGACCUAAGUAAACAUUAGGUUAAAUCAAGUUAUUAGAGCAUAAACAUAAGUUUAAUUUAUGCCAUUUCAGCCAGAGACUGUUUUUUCAGUCCAAUUGACAUUUGAGUUCAACAACCAUUAUGUACAAAGUUUGUAACUGCCAAGCUCAAUGCAAGAGGUGUUUUGAAAAAAUACUUGAGAUUACAAACGACCAAUGUGGUUUGUUUGAAACCAAAAGGUAUGGGUAUUUAGUAGGUGGUGUUUUAUCAUAUGCCUGAGGACUAUCUACCAAACUGAUAAAUCUAAAUAAUUUGACAUUUUCAUAUCACUACGUCAACCAAACAGUACCGAAUCACAAUUAAUUAAUUUGUAUUCGGUUAAAAUAACUUAACAUACUAAUGGUUAUUUUAUAGAAGACAAUGUUAGAACUGCAAUUAAUAUUUUUUAACAAUGGGGAAUUUGAAUUGAUUCGUCCCUAAGUAGUUAGAUACAUAACUAUAAAAUCCGCCUGGAUUACCCACAAAAAUAUUAAAAAGUAUAAUUUGAUAUUUACGGGUUUAAUAUACAUCACUAACUACUUAUUUAAUUACUAAUUUAUGCCUAGACAUAAUGAUAAUUACGUAAAGCAGCUCUAUGAGAUAGCUACGACAUUAUAUUGCUUUGUAGAAUAUUUUCUACGAUAAAAGGGUAGUUAAUGUUAAAGAUGAAAACGUUUCUUUUGCUCCGACAAACGUUCAGAAAUAAUUGUCAAUGUAUUUUUUGUAAACAUUUUCAUUGUUCCUAAUUAAACAGUGGUCUCAUACAUAAAAUAACUCAUUUAACCAUAUUUUUAUUCCCGACUAGAUUUUAUAUCUGGACUAGCCCUAAAUGACAAUUCAAAUACCUGUCAUCUUAACUAAUACUAAUAUUAUUUAAACAAAGGUUCUUUGUAAAUGCUAAUAUCUGGAAUUACCAAGUAGUCCAACGCAAAAUAAAUGAGCUAGUUGCCUAAUAAAUGUUCAUUGUGAAAUAUUUAACCACCAUUACAUUUAUUUAGGCCUCGUAAAUAUUAAAAGACCCAAAUUGAAAGAAGUUUUUAAAUGUACAUUUAACCAGUUUUUUCAUAUUAUCACAAUAGAAGUAUUUAACUAACCCAACCUAGUUAUUAGUUAUAAAAUUAAUUAGCUCAAAAUGAUAAAUUUCUUUUCAAUGUCAACAUAAUGUACGUACCUGUUAAUAUGUUACCAUGUAGCAUUCUAAUGUAUUUAUUGUAUAGCAAUUAAUAACCAGUUACCAUUUUAAAUGUAGAGUUAAGUGUAUUUUGUUAAGCUAAUUUUACUUUUUCUGAAUUUCUUCUCAAUGGGUCAAAAGUUUGAUGUCAGGCCCAUGUACUUAUUUUAGAUAUAAAAUAUAAAUAGCUAUAAGCUAUUAAGUCCCAUUUUGUCAAAUUAUAGAAAAAUGUAACUAAUCAGUUCAUUGUUUAUUAUUAUGUAAUUGAGAAUGAAUUAUGCAGACAUUAGCGAAGACCUGUCGAAACUAUUUACGUUGAAACAAUUAAAGUAUUUUGUAAUAA